AUGCUGGAAAAACAAUUAUCUGUUUUGUUAGCAACGUACCUUAGCCGAUUUAUUUGUGAUCUCAAUGAGGAACAACUUCGUAUUUCUCUUUGGUCUGGUGAUUUAGUCCUGCGGGACCUAGAACUACGUACCAACAUCCUUGAUCAAAUUGCCCUUUCACUUUUUCAAGGAAAACAUGGAAGUGAGAGUUUUAAAAAAGAUGAGAAUAUUGAUGUUGCAGAGGCAGCUGCCCAAUCUCUUUUAUUACCCUUUACAGUUGUAAAAGGAGUAGUGAAGGAGUUAGUGAUUAGUGUGCCAUGGUCCGCAUUAGAUCGAGAACCGAUAAGUGUGGAGGUUCGUGGAGUGGAGAUUGUGUUUGGUCUUCUGCGUGGAAGACCGUAUAAUGCGGAGGAGGAUGCGGCCCGAGUGUCUGUUGUUAAACAGAAACAAUUGCAAAUGUUUGAAAGUGAAAGACGUCUUUAUGGUCGUGGACAAGGUGAACAGGUAAUGAGUAUUUUUCAUACAUCUUCGUCAGAAGGAAAUACACGAACUAGUCGUUCAUAUGUUGAUAAAAUUACUGAAACUAUUACACGAAAUAUUCACAUUGUACUUCGUGAUGUUUCUGUAAAGUAUGUUUUUGAUUAUCAAGGUCUUGCACCUUGUUUAGCUUGUGCCUUAGUUGUGACUCUAGAUGAUGUUUACAUCACAACAACAGAUGAAGAAUGGGAAGAUCGAUUUAUUAUGGAUUUAUCUAUGCCAUAUUGUAAAAAGGCAAUUGUGAGAAGUCUUAGGGUAUCUCUUCAUGCUAUGAAAGAAGAGAAUAAAGAAAAUUUAUCUGGUAUUAGUAAUACUAUACCAAAAUGGCGAGAAGAAUUAAAUAUUAUUGAAAUGGAUGAUAUUACGGUACGUAUUCGUCUUUCUGAUGGUGAGGGAGCUUCUGUUGCUGUUAGUAGUGAUAAUAAUUAUUCUAGUAAUAGUAAUAAUAAUAAUAAUGAUACUAGUACAGGGAAUGCUAUGAUAAUAAAUGUGACAACUCCAAAUCCUGUAAAACUUCGAUUCUCCUUUGGGGCUAUAGGAACGAUAGCGGUUUUAAAUGAUUCUUUACAAGGUGGUUUAAUGGGUGUAAACUACAGACAACAUCUUCAUUUACUUAACGAUAAUACAGAAAAUGUAUCGGUAACACCAAGACGUGCUCAACGUUAUUGGAAUUUUGCUAUUCGAUGUGUUCUAGAUGAUAUUAGACGUUCAAAGAAUAAAUUAAAAGGACAUCAUCAUCAUCAUAAGCAUCAUCAUAACUUUAUGGAUAGUGUUGUACAUUUCGGUAAACGUCGACGAGAGUAUUGCGCUCUCUGGAAAAGAGCACAGAAGGUUUCAUGGCUUCCACCACUCUUACCAGAAGAAACGACAACAUUGGCUUCACUUGAAGAUAUAUUAACAUUAGAACAAAUUGUAUUUCUACGGUGUUUGGCAUAUGCAGAACUUAGUAAAGAGAAACAAUCCAUGACUCAACAGAAAAUAUAUAUUGCUGAUGCUAUUAGGCGAAAGAAACCUUCUACAUCUACUUCUACUUCUAGUAGUACUAAUAGUAAUAAUCAAACAACAAGUACGAGACGUUGGUGGUGGUUUGGUUGGCGAUCUGCUGCGCCUAUGGAUAUAGUGGAAGAAACACUUCAGAGUUCAGAAACGGAAAUGGGUUGGAUGGCAGCGGAAUGGUCAUUUGGUUAUCAAUUUCUUCAAUAUAUCGCUAUUCGUCCAGUGGGACCUUCUUCUAUUUCAACAACAACAACAACAACUGUGUCAUCAUCAUCUUCAUCUUCAUCUUCAAAGCCUAUUAGUGUUCGAGUAUUUAUUCCAGGUGUAGAAGUGGAUUUUUACCCGCAAAUUUGGUUGAAUGAUGUACGGGAAAGGAAACCAAUUUUAUCUUAUCUUGAAAAUCUAAAACAACAUAUUCAUGCCUCCUUUAGUAGUGUUGAAUGUGUAUAUAUAAAAAAUACCAAACCAAGAGAUGAUAGAGUUGGAUUCUCUUUAAAUAUCAAAAGAGCUAAUGUAAAUUUUACUGGAAACUUAUCUUCACCAUUGUUGGAAUCACAAGAAAUACCAGAAGAACAGAAUGGUGAAGAAGAUAUGAUAUCUCAACCACUUUUAUGUGAACAGUGGCUCUCUAUUAGUGUGAAUGAAACUUAUUCCAUGAUAAGUGCUGCUAUUGCAACUACCCGAAUUACACUUCAACCACUAUGUGAGAUGCGAUGGUGGAUAGAUGGAAUGCAAAGUAUGUUAACAGCAUUACCUUUAUAUACAAAAAAAAUUCCUGUUUUUGUAUAUGAAUCUACUCCACAAUCAUCAUCAUCAUCAUCAUCAUCUCCUUCCACAUUGUGUUCUUUAUCUGUAGAUGUAAAUAUUGCUGGAAUUAUUUUUGCUAUACCUGUACCUGUAUCAAGUAGAACUGUGGAACCAAAUGAAAUCCUAUUUCAUAUACCUGAAAUACAUAUAGGAACUUUAGAGGAAAGAAGAGAAAGAAGAGGAAUGGAGUCGGAGUCAUCAUUAUCCUCUGCAGUGAAGUGGCAUUUAUCUGCAGGUAUACAAAAUCCAAUUCGUCUUUGCUGUAAUGGAGUUACUAAUGUUAUUUCCUUCUCAUCUCUAGAAAUGGAUAUAUUAGUGGGUGAUCGACUCUCUGCAUUUGUACGUUGUCAAGUGGAAAUAACCAUAAACCCAUUUGUUUUUAGUCUAAUAAAUUAUUACUAUGAGAGUUUAAUAAUAGCAUCUGAAGAUGUAACUAAGUCUCUUAUUCAAAUUAUUAAAGAGAAUGAUGGAAAAUGGCAUUUGGAAUCUCAUGACGCUCUUUCUGUUGGAAACACGUUAGUAACAUUUCCAGCAGAACGAUGUCGUAGUUAUCUCUAUCUUUUAUAUCAAAUGGCAUUGAUUAAAGAAGCACUCUGCAGUGAAACUUCUAAACCUGUAGUCAAGAAUAAUAAUAAUAAUAAUAAUAAUAAUAAUAAUAAUAAUCAAUUAACAGAACAUUCAUAUUUACAACGAUUAGUAGUGAAAAUUGAUUUUUUACAUGCAACUAUUCAAAAUACAUCUCAAGAAGAUCUUGUUGAAAUUGAGUUGCCAGGAAAAACAAUGACAAAUUAUGAAAAUACACAAAUACCGUUAUCAUUACAACAAGAACAACAACAACAACAACAGCAGGGUUCUCUCUCUAAUGAUGCAUUAACUUUGGAAUUGGUAUCUCUUGAUGUUGGUGGUUAUGGAUAUAUGUUGCAAAUGCCGGAUAUGAAUGUUACUACACCUUCAGGUCAACAUGUUUUUAUGCUGGAGUCUUUAACAGUUACACGUGGAGGAUCUUCUGCAGCUAAUUUAAUUGGUAUUGGUCAAGUACAAAUAGUGCUUUCUUCUACUUUAGUGGAUAGUCUUGAAGUUGUGUUAACUCUAUUCUCAUCUUUACAUCCACCACCAUCAUCAUCAUCUUCAUUAUUAUUAAAUUCUCAUUUGCGCAUUGAGCAUAGUGCCAAUAAUGAAGUUGUUGGUAUGGAUAGUGCAUUCCAUCCAUCUACUAGUGAAGAAGCUGCUACUAGCGUUAAUAGUAAUAAUAAUAAUAAUAAUAAUAAUAAUAAUAAUAAUGAGGGUACGAAUACAAAUAAAGGUCUAGAGGCAUCAUUGAGAAAAAUGAGUAUUCGUCUUCUUUUGGAUCAAUCGGAUGAUAGUUUUGUUAUGCUUGCUGAACAUGUUUUUAUUAAAAUGGAUAACACUUCAAACGGUCAUUCUAUCCGUAUACAAGGAAUCAUUGAUAAUAUUCUCUAUAAUGUGGAAGAGAGAGAUGUUGUGAAGAACUUUUUACUCUUCACAUCGAGUUCUGGUUUAUUAGGGGAUAUGAAACCCUUUACUUUUAAUUGUACUCUAGAGAAUACACAGACUACUUCACAAGGGAGUUCUCAGAAUAUAAUAUUAUUUCAAACUACAGGGGGUAGAAUGAAUUUAUUUUUGGCCUAUUGGUUGCAAUUUACUUCUCUACAUACAGAACCCACAGUAGUGCGACUAUUAAAACUUUUAAAUUCAGAGAAUGAGAAGGAAAAAGAAAAAGAAGAACAUUCUAUAAUAGUUGAGGGAAAUAAUGAGAUGAGUUCAAGCCUUAUGAUGAGUGGAGAGAUAUGUGGAUUAGAAGUACUUUUAGCUACAGAUGCGAAUCAAGAAAUUGAUAUAAAUGAAAGUGAAACAUUUCUUCACUUUUAUAGUGAGAUGAUUAAAGUGGCAAUUAAAGUUUCAUCAGAUGUAUCGAAUAAAAGUGAAGGAUCGCCUUUUUCUACAGAAUUGAAAUUUCACAAUAUCUUUCAUAUUGCCCCAAAUGAUAGUAAUCAUACCUUAUAUCCAUUUAUGCCUUAUGCAUCCUUAUUGGCAGAAAACUAUACCUUACUUGUACCAAAUGAGGAUAAUAGUGGUUAUCAGUAUGUAAAGAGUAAGAGUCAUGAUAUGGCCGUUCAUUUUAAUAUUUCCUCUUCAUCUCCGAAUAGUAAUAAUAAUGAUAAUAAUAAUAAUAAUAAUAAUAAUAUCAUUCAUUCUUUUAUGGGUAAUGAGGAUAUACCAACAGAUGCUGCUAUUAAUAUGAAACUUACUAUGAAUGUGGUACAUUCACUUCUUCAAGCACUCUUUCUAAAUAUAUCGUAUACGAAUACACCAUUAAAAGAUACCAGUUGUGUGGAAUCUACAUCAUUGAAAAGUUCCUCUACAAUGUCUAUGCUUAUUACAGUUUCUUCAGCUCGUUUUGUAUUUAUUAAUGAACAGGAUGUAUUUGUAGCACGUGCCCAAUUACAAGUAUAUUCCUUUCAAAACAAUGGUGAAAAGAUAUCGAGAAAAGUAAUGCAUUUAAAGGGAAUUACUAUUGAUGAUAUUAGUCCAACACGUCGUAUGAUAGAAUGUGGUAUACCACGAUGGGAACAAAUAACUCCCACACGAGGAGAAUUUCAACAAGAGAAAAAAAGAUUAUUAGAAGUGGAAAGUGGUGGUUUAUUUUUAUUGGAAUCACCAUUGAAUGCAAAUAAUUCUACUGAAAUUACUACUACUACUACUACUACUACUACUACUACUACUACUACUAUGAUGACUACAAAUGAUUUUGUUUUGGAUGAUGUGAAAUUAUAUCCUAUUCAUUCUUCUUGGGUGGCAUUCCUGAACAUUCUGAUGAAUGGUGAUCCCGCUUCUUUUUUGGAUGAAUUCAAUCAUAAUAAGAUCAGGAGCUGUAGGAAUAGUCAUUAUAAUGAUAAUAUGGAUAAUAAUAAUAAUAAUAAUAAUAAUAAUAAUAAUAAUAAUAAUAAUAAAGUGAGUACAAGUAAUAAGAAGAUUGAUAAAGAGAAUAAGACAGUAUCAUUAACUCAAUCUUCUAUGAUUGUAACACUUCGUAAUGUUCAUAUUUACUUUGAAGAAGCAUGGGAAGAGCCUUUAGCUAUUCUCUCUAUUCAUUCCAUGUCAUUUAUUCAACAACAGAACUGUGGGGAAAAGAAAUUGGAGCUUUUAGUAGAUAAACCUAUAUCUCUUAUACCGUGUUUUGGAGAUUUACCGCAGGAAUCUAUUUUACACUGGGAACCCACAAUAAAUGAGACAAAACCAAUAUAUCUUCAUAUUACGCUUACGCAAAAAGAAGGAGAUGAUGAAAGUAAAGAAAUAAAAUAUCAAUUUGGAACACAAUAUGAAAGUAAACCAAAAGUUUCUUAUUCCAAUCAUGUGGAAAUGGAACUACACUCUAUGAAAUUAUAUCUUCAUAUGGAUUAUCUCACACGUUUAUCACAAUUUAUGUUAGCUGAAGCUAAUGCAUAUACUACUUUGUUCUCAUCAUCAUCAUCAUCUUCUUCCUCGGCCAGUGAAAUUCUAAUACCUAAUACAUCUGUAUCCUCUAUACAUGUGAUACUUCGAGAUGUAGAAAUGAUUCUUCCAUAUAUUGGAGUUUCUGAAUCCUCUAGUUGGGGUUUUACUGUAAAUACUGUAGAGAUAAAGAAUGAGUGUGUGGAUACACUUGUGAGUAGUACCUCAUCUGCUGGAAUAGAUUCCAUGUAUUGUUUCUCUAAUGUUUAUACCAUACAUGUGAUUGGGGCUAUUAUUGCAUGUGAACCAUUAUUUCCAUUGGCAUUACCAAAUACCAUUCUACGUGCAGAAAUACCUAUACCAGGAACUAUCUAUACAGAAUGGUGUUCAAGUGUUUCUGUUAUGCCAGAUGAUCGUGCAUAUGUACAAUCUAGAUAUAGUUUUCUAACACCUGCCGCAUUACCUGUGUUUACUUCUUCACUUCUUUCAAAAUGUAUUCAUAUACAAACAGAAGAAGAAACUUGUUUUUCUGUAUCUGCAUUACAUGUACGGGAUGCACUUCGGGCUAUUCCAUUCGCCAUUCCUUCUAAAGAUAUACCACUUUAUUAUGCCCCAUUUCCUGAAGUUAAACAACAAGAUGAAAGAGGAGGAGAAAGGAGUUUCUGUACAAAAUCUGUAGUGAAAGUAGAUCUUCCACGUCUCGCAUUUCGUUUAGUAGAGAGUGGUUAUAUGUUAACGGGUAAUAAAGGUAUCAUUGGUAAUACCCUUGCAGAGAUUCGAUUUCUUGGCGUUAUCACACUUGUUGCCUCUUUUGAUGAACGAGAAGAAAUUCAAAUGCGAGCACAUUUGGUAGUGAAGGGAGAAUUUGAAUUACUUGACGGUAAAGGUACUGUUGUUCUCUUUAGACGUGAUGAAGUAACAACAAGAACAGGAAGAACAACAGGGAAAAACAGAAGAAGAUCUAUAAUGGAAGGAAGAGAAAGUAAACCUUAUGUACAUGCUCCAUCUGAUGUAGGAUUACAAAUUGAAUUAGUGGAUACUUUAAAAGAGCGUAAAAUACGAGUGGAAUCUCAUGGAAUUACUCUAUCACUUCAUCCACAAACUGUAGAUUUUGUUUUGCGAAUACAUAACUUUAUUGGUUUAUUAUAUCGUGAAGGAAUUCUUACCAGAAGUUCAAGUCCUUUAAUGAAGAGUGAAGAAAGUAUGGAGAUGGUAUUACAACAACAGCAACAACAACAUGAUGUAUCUGAACAAGAAAAACAUACUACCUUAAGUAUUCGUAUAGGUUUAUUUGCAUUUAUGUUAGAACAUAUCGCUAUUCUAGAAGCACGAGGUAUGGAAGCUCGUCUAAGUUGGGAUGAUGUUGUUAAGAAGAGUCAUAGUGAGACGAUUCCAUAUAAUUUUAUUGUGGAUAGUAUUUCCCUUCAACAAGUGGAUACACAAGAUGAGUUUGUUUUUCUUUCGGAUUUAGAUGUUACAUUUGAUGUUGGACAAGUAAACAUUCGAUCUAAACAAUUUAUUGUAAAUAAUUAUGAUAUGUGUUUCUAUAGGGAUUUAUUAGAAACAGGAGAGGCAUUAUAUAACUACAUUACACAUCAUUUUACCUAUUCCAAAAAGAAUGAAGAUGGAUUUAAACAAUCUGUGAUAAUAACACUUAUGGAUUUUCGAAUAUGUUUUUUCCAAUCAUCUUCAGUAUCAGUUGGAGUGAGUGUGGAGGUUGUAUUUCCUGUUGUGGUGGUUAAACAAAUAGGGAGUACAACUGGGAAAAGUUUAUCUUUUGAAACGGAAAAGGGAUUUAUUCGUUGUCGACGUCCACAAGGUUUACUUCCUCCAUUUGUAAAUAAUAUUUGUUUUGCAUAUAUUUUAGAGGAAAAUCUUGUAGCGCGAACCCGUGAAGUUGUUAUUCGCCUUGGAUCUCUAGAAGCUUUUAUGCCGCUUGGAGAUAUUCUGCAGUGUUGUGUAGAGGCAGUUGCUCAGGCCAUAUUACCCGUACUCGGAUACUCCCUCACAGAAUUAAAUAAUGAUAAUACUAAUAAUAAUACUAAUACUAUACCAUUAACAACACUUCGAAUUAGUGAUAAGAUGGUAUUUAGUGUACCAUUACUUUCAUUAAAUGUUUGUGCUGCGCAAUCAGAUGAGGAGGCGUUAGUUAAAAAUCCUACAAUUUUAUUUGGUGUGAGUUUCUGUAAUGUAUCCUUUGAACAAAGUCGUAAUGGUGUAAAUGAAAAAACGCUUGCUCGGGUUUCUACUAUUACGAGUACAGUGGAUCCUUCUAUUCAAAAAGAAUUUCUCUCUUCAUAUCCUCCAUCUGGGGCUAUGGAUGAACCUUCUAUGUGGGCUUUAUAUUUCUGUAAAGAAGUAUUAUCUACGAGUGUAGAUUCUGAAUUCUCUUCUUCUAAUAUUUCUGAAGAAGGUGUGGGAACACUUGAACAAUUACCAACAAGAUUAGUAAAUGUAGUGGCUCGAGCCCAUGCAGUGAAAUUAACAGUUUCACCACAAUUAUUACGUACAUUAAAUGAACAUGUAUUGAUGUAUGUAGCUUCAGGUGUAAAUAAAACUCGAACAAGUACUAAUAAUACUAAUACUUCUUCUUCUUGGAUGGCAUCUCGUCAUUUACGUGAGAUUACACCUAUUCGUAGUUAUAAUUCUUCUUUUGUAGAUACACAUGAUAGACUUAUUACCAUUACAUCUGAUUUAUGUCUUCAUACAGAUCUUACAUUAGGUGGACGUCGGGGUUCACGUUUACAUUUUGCAAAAAGUACUAUUGAGAGUAUAAAUCCAAUAAAUAAGAUUACAUUAAAAGGAGUAAAUGAUGCUAAAGUAUUUCUUUCAUUUUUAUCAAAUACAGAUGGAACGUUAUCACCACCUAUUAUAGUAGAUUCUGGUUUAACUGUUGUAUGUGAAGGAGUUCCUUUUAUAGUAGAUUCUGGUAAAAUUCUGGAUUAUGUAAUCUUGGGUGAACGUUCUCUUUUCAUUGCCCCUUUAACAGAGUCUGAUAUUAGAAUAACAUCUCAUCAUACUCCUUUAGUGCCUGUACAUAAUUCAAAGGAAUUCCCUAUACGAACAGCACGUUGGUAUAAUCUUAAAGUGAGUAUAGAUGUGAAUACAGAUAUAUCUUUACGAUUAUGGACAAAACAUCAAACCAUUGCUGUCUCUGGUGAGGCAUAUGCACGAUAUAAAAUUGAAAAAAAUUGUUUUGAAGGUGGUAAAGGUGUACGAGACUUUAUUGAUGAAUGUGGAGAAGUAGCAUUAUCUAAAGUUUCUAUUUUAUGUGAUAAUGGUUCUAUUACAAAAGAUUUAACAGGUCUUGUAGUAAAUGUUAAACAUCAUAAAUUUAAUGAAGAUACUUCUUCUUCUUCUCAUACAAGUGGAAUGACAACUGUACGGGCUAUUGUACCAAUAACAAGUUUUACACUUUCUUUAAGUAAUAUAAGAUUACUUUAUGAUACUUUUAAUGAAUUACGACAAGGAUCCGAUCAUAUAGGUUCUACUAUAGAGAUGAGUACAGGAUUAGAUACAACUCCUGAUAAAGAUGGACGUAAUUCUUUCCGAUCAAAUCACUAUAUACAUAAUAUACAUACAAGAGAAAUUUCUUAUCAUGAACCUUCACUUGUUUGGUCACGAGAAGAUGAAGUGGCACCUUUAAUUGAAUUUGGUGUUUCUGCACCAUGGAUAGAAGUUACUUUAACAAAUGAUUUUUAUAAACCUGAAGUUUCAGUUGUAUUGAGUAAUAAUGCUAUUUUAGCAAAAGGACAUCGUAGUUUUAAUCAUUUAACAUGUACAGCUUCUACUACUGUACGGGUAACGGAUUAUCCACAAUCAGAAGAAUCCCCACGAGAUAUUCUCCUCAUUGCUCCAGAAUUAGCAUUAGAGUAUGCACGAUAUAAAGGUAAUGGAUUUUCUCUACAAGGUGCAUUAAAUUGUCCUGAAGCUUCUGUUACUAUUCCAUUAAUUACAUCACUACGUCUACUUCGUUUUCGAACAGCAUUACAAGAGAGUAAAAAUGGUUCCACUAGUAAUAAUAAUAAUAAUAAUAAUAAUAAUAAUAAUAAUAAUAAUAAUAAUAAUAGUGGGGCCUAUGCCUUUAGGAAUAGUACAGGAGUUCUUCUUUUCCUUUCUGCUGUGAGUAAUAAUAAAAAUAAUAAUAAUAAUAAUAAUAAUAGUGGAAAACGUGAGGGUCAGGAGGAAUCGAAUUCCUUGUGUAUGUUACCUACUGGAGAAUUAGUAAAAACAAAUUUAUUAAAAUAUAAUCAAACUCGAUUUUGUAUUAUCCCUGAUGGAAAGGAAAGUAUAGCGAGACAUCGUAAAGGUCUUGGUUCAGUAGGAACAGAAAUUGAUUUAUCUGUUUUACAGCAUGGAUCUACUUAUCGAUUUCCACUUUUAGGUGCUUCUAUUGGUGUAUUGGAUGUCGUUAUGCGGUUAGAUGAGAUGGAGCGGGUAGUGAAUAUUACAACAUCUGUACAAGUAAAGAAUGAGUUAUCACAAUACCCAAUCUCUUUCUCAGUUAAUAAUACUACUAAUACUAGUAAUACUAAUACUAGUAAUAUUAAUAUUAGUAAUAGUAGUAAUAAUCCUUUUAUGGAUUCCUUUGUCGUUCAACCGAAAGAAACUCGUUAUGCAACUCUUCCAUGUCUUCAACAACCCUUUUCUAUUAUGAUUGAGGAUUGGUGUACAAGAAUGAAAAAUACACUCAUGACAUUAGAAGCCUUUAUAAGUGCAUUUAUACUUCUUCCUAGUGCUCAUGGGGGGAUGUUAUUAACAAAUGAUAUGAAUGAAGAUUCUUUUCCAUAUGAGGCUUUUAUGGAUGGAGAUGAUACCAUUGUUUUACCAUUGACUCUUUACAAACAACAUGAUUUU